AAAUGGUUACUAAGAGGAAUAUUGUACUCUGUCUGGCUAUCUGGUGUGUAUUGCUGGUCUUAGAGUUAUCAUGGUAUGUUCUCUUUGAGGCAGAUUCACUAUGGAAAAUUGCAGGAGCCUGUUUGGUGCCUCAACUGGCUGUUGCAAGUUUGGUGUUCUUUGACUUCUUCUCUAAAUGCGCACCUGAUACUAACUACCCCUGGAUGACCCUUAUCUUCCUUCACCUCAACAAGUGGUCUACUUGGCUUGUUAACAGAUCAAAACUUUCAAAAUUUCAUGAAGCAACCAAAAGUUUUAAUGCUCUACAGGCUAAAACACUUCGGGAACUUCUGUUAGAUAGCGAAGGGACACAAUAUGGUAAGGAUAAGGGACUGACCCACCAGAUGACCAGAGAGGAAUUGGUCAAACAGCACAAACUGACAAAGUAUGCUGAUUAUGAGAGUUAUGUUGAGAAGAUUUUCCAAGGUGAGGAGAAGAUUCUUGUACAAGACCGCCCAAAAGCUAUCUGUUUGACAUCCGGCACAACAGGGAAACAAACAUAUUUCCCGAUAACCGAGAGAUGCUUGGAGAAAUAUGCUAUAGAACCAGUUCAGAUUUGCAACGCUUGUAGACUAGAUGAGUUUCCUGGUAUGUGGCAGUUGGGGAAAGUUCUAGGUCUGUAUUUCAGAAAGUUUGUGAAGGAAACUGAGGGAGGUAUUCCCUUAGGGCCUAUCUCUGCAACUAUGGAUAAUCUAAAACCAGAGUUCAACUUCACAAGUCCAAAGGAGGCUCAAGAACUACCAAGUGGACCUGAUGGAAUGUAUGUGCACCUGCUGUUUGGACUACAUGAUAAACACAUAAUUGCGAUAGAGGGAAUCUUCUCAUUUGGCUUAUAUACAGCUAUGAAGGUUUUAGAGCAGAAAUGCCAUCUCCUGGUAAAAGAUGUCAGAAAUGGCACCAUCAAUAGAGAACUGAAUGUUCCCAAUGAAAAGCUGCAGUUCCUUGAAAGUAAAUUGACACAAAAUCCUAAACGAGCUGAUGAAAUUGAGGCUGAAUUAGAGAAAGGUUUUGUUGGAAUCAUACAAAGGCUGUGGCCAAGGUGCUGUGUGAUACAAGUGAUAGACACCGGGAGUAUGGAAUUAUAUGGUGAUGCCCUAAAGGAUAUCUACUGUAAGGGUAUUCCAUUCUACAACAGGCUCUAUGGAGCAACAGAGGGCUUCUGUGGAAUUAACAUCUGGCCUAGAAGAGCUGAGAGGGAAUAUGUUCUCCUCCCAGAAGCCAUUUUCUAUGAGUUUAUACCUGUUGAUGAUGCUGGUGAAGAUCAACCAAAAACCCUAUUUUCUGAUCAGUUACAAGUUGGAGAAUGUUAUGAACUUGUGCCAUCUAAUCGAUCAGGAUGCUUCCGAUACAGAUUCGGUGAUGUUGUAAAAGUAACACGGUUUUACAAUGAGGCCCCAGUCAUACAAUACAUGUACAGGCAAGGCCAAGUGCUGAACAUUGUCAAUGAGAAAGUAUCAGAGGAUGCCAUACUGAGGAGUGUGCGUAGGAUGAAGGAUCACUGGGGAAAGAAGACAAUGGUAGACUACAGCUGCACCAUCAGCCUACUGAUUGAUAACAAAGUAAAUGAAGCACUUACUGAACCAUAUUAUGUAAUGUUUGUGGAGUUCAAAGAAGAUGUUACUACAAAGGCAGUCAAUGAUGAUCAGAUGGAUCGUGUCCUCCAAGAAGAAGAACAGACAUAUUUGACUGCCAGAGAUGCUAAGCUCAGAUACAUCCCCAGUGGAUUCCAAGUGUUCAGUGUAAAGCAAGGGACAUUCAGAGCACUCUCAGAGCACAUCAUUGCAUCAACGACAUUGAACUCUAGUCAGUUUAAAAUGCCCAGAGUUCUGAAGAAGAAGGAACAUGUGCAAUUUAUGAUGGACAGAGUGAAGUUAUAAAAUAUAUGAACAGCGCUGAGGCUUUUGAUGGAUAUAGUAGAAAUACAGUACAUACACGUUCCACAGCAAUUUAGAGGGAUGUUAAAUUAUUAAUCUAAAAUAUGGACAUGUCAAUUUACUCUGAAACCAAUUUAUCUGAAGCAUGAUACUCCAGAGCCCAUUAUUAUUAAACAACAAUUAACACAAGUAUACAUUUAGUCAUUGCAUAUUCAAGCAGAUAUCAGACAAAUUCAUAAAAACAUUUUUUGAUUGAUAAAAUCAUAGGUUAAGUGUGUUCUCUGACAUGGGUGAGCAAAUAUUUUAACCCCCUUCAAAAGA